AUGGAAAACCUGAAAAAGAAACAACAACUCCCCACCACCCCAACUAGUCUGAGUGCACUCAGAGAAACGGCGACGGCUCAGCCGACGAUCAGCCAUCUUCCAUCAUCCCCCGUUGCUGAUCUACCCACCGAAAACCCUACAUCGCCCUCGUCCGAGAAAAUCCCGCAAGAGGAUGGGGUAGAAAGCGGUCGAGCGAUGGGGGAGAUAGUGCCUCCUCGGUCUCCCCUAUCGGAACCAAACGCCUCCUUUUAUAGCGCCUCCAGCAGCUUCGCAAUACCCGGAGCUUAUAGAAAUGACGAGCAGCCAGCCGCAAUCGACUUCAGGGGCGGCGGCGGCGGCGGCGCAUUCGACGGGCAGCGACGCCGAUUCGGAGACGUCUUCUGCCGCCGCCGCCGCCUUGGAUCCGGACUCGAGCGGCGAGGAAAAAGACGGCGAGAAGGAUUUCAAGAAGAAGAAGAACCGGUGCUCGACUUGUCGCAAGAAGGGUUCGAGUGUCGCUGCGGCGGCCUCUUCUGCGCCGUCCACCGAUACAGCGACAAGCACGACUGCAGCUUCAACUACCGCGAGAUGGGCGCCCAGGAGAUCAGGCGCAACAAUCCCGUGGUGGUGGGCGAGAAGAUCCAGAAGAUCUGAGCCCCGCCACUGGGCGAGUGCCGCCCCCAUCGCCCCCAACGCCGCCGUUGAUUGGACGCCGUUUGUCGUUUGUGGCGGACGCUGUUUGUCGUACGCCUGACGCGAACUGAGGACGUUUCGAAGGGGUUUCGCGGUAGGUCGGACGUGGCGCGACAAAGUGCAAAAAAACACAAAGACUACAAUGAAUUAUUAUACAUAUAGGUUGGACUCGGAGAUCGGUAAGGUUCUACGAGCUGGCGGAACGAGCACAACGCAGUCUGGGUGUCGAGGUUCGACCACCGGACCAAAUUCGUUUUGUGACCCUCUUAAACCUAUUGUGGUCCGUUCACAUUCCGUUCUGGUAGCUUACACAGUACGAAAUUCUUUUUGUGGCUUUCACAUGGUUCACAAUGCGGAAUUCGUUUCGUGGCUCUUUCAAAAUUGAUCUGGCUAGCUUUUAAAUUCAACCAUAACACUAAUAUUCGUCCAAUAAUCUUUUCAAAACCGUUCACAUUUCGGUGUGGCUCUUAGAAUCGAAAUACAACGCAAAAUUCAUUUAGUGGUCGUUUCAAAGGCACUCGUAUGGGUUCUUCACUAAUUUAAGAAAACCACAAUACGGAAUUCGUUUCGUGGCCCUUUCAAAAUUGAUCUGGCUGGCUUUCAAAUUCAACCACAACACUAACUAAUAUUCGUCCAAUAGGCUUUCUAAGACCGUUCACAUUUCGGUGUGGCUCUUAGAAUCGAAGUACAACGUAAAAUUCAUUUAGUGGCUCUUUCAAAGACACUCCUAUGGUAGUCUGGCUCUUAUAGUACGGCAACAACGCCACGGUCGUCACGUGGUCAUUUCAACAACGUUUACAUUUCGUUCUGGAAGCUUACACAGUACAAAAUUCGGUUUUUGGCUCUCACGAGGUUCCUUACUCAUUCAAGAAAACCACAAUACGGAAUUCGUUUCGUGGCCCUCUCAAAACAAGCUCGCAUCGCUGUCUUGGCGCUUAAAAUUCGGAUACAACGCCAAAUCAGUAAUUCAACAACGUUCACAUUUUGUUCUGGAGGAUAUCAGUACGGAAUUCGUUUCUUGGCCCUCUCAAAAAUGAACGAAUUGGCUUGGUCACGUGGUCUUUUCAACAACGUUUAUAUUUUGUUCUGGAAGACACAGUACAAAAUUCGUUUUCUGGCUCUCAGGAGGUUCCUUACUCGUUCAAGAAAGCUAAAAUGCAGAAGAAUUCGUUUUGUCGCUCACUCAAAAAUAUCUGACUAGCUUUUCAAUUCAACCACAACGCGAAAUUCGUUCUGUAGGCUUUUCAAAACUGUUCACAUUUUGGUCUGCAUCUUGGAAUCGAUGUAGAACGCGAAAUUCAUUUGGUGGUCCUUUCAAAGGCACUCUUAUGGUAGUCUGGCUCUUAACUACAAAGUCAAAUGUGGCCACAACGUCAAGUUAGUCACGUGGUUUUUUCAACAACGUUCACAUUUCGUUCUGAGGGCUCAUUGCGACCGGAUUGCGGAUCUGACUGGCUUUCAACUUCAACCACACGUGAAUAUUAAUUGCAUUGGAUCAUCAAAACCGUUCACAUUUUGGUCUAGCUCAUAGAAUCGGAAUACAACGCGAAAUUCAUUUGGUGGCCCUUUCAAAGGCACUCUCAUGGCGUCCAUCCACUAAGACGACCUUAUCUACAAAGUCAAAUGUGUCUUGUUACCUUCUCAAUAACGUUGACAUUUCGGUCUCGUGUAUUUUGUAAGGUGACAAUACAAAAUGCGUUUUGUGUCCAAAAUGCCAAAUUCGUCUCUUCCUGGUCCUUUCAAUCGCAUUCAAAUUCCAUUCUGGUGUAUUUUUGAAGGCUUGCAACACAAAAUUUGCUCUUAGAUAUUCUCGAAAUUCGUUUUGUGGCCCUCUUAAAAAUGUCCACAUUUCUUGAAGGUCGGCCACACUCUGUAAUUCAUCUCCUGGACAUUGAAAACACGCUCUUUUAUAUUCAAACGCAAAAUUCAUUUCGUGGUACUCUUGAAAACGCUAAAAUUGCGGUUUGAUUCGAACUUUGGCCACAACGCAAAAUUCAUUUUGUGGCCCAAACAAUGAUAAAAUGGCUACGAAUGCGAAGUUUGUCACGUGGCCCCUCAAUAAAAAUGUAAAAUUCAUGUGGUGGCAUCACACGGAUUUUGUUUUGUGGUUGGAUCUCGGUGGCCAGAACGCGUUGUGUUUGUUUUUUUCCGCUCGAUAAGCGUUUACGGUUUCUAAGUCCAACACAUACACAAAUGUUCGGUACUUUUAUUUACAAUUGCAACUCAAUUCAUCUUUAAGUUUUAUUUCCAUUUAAUAAAUUCCUAGGUAUAUAUAAUAUAUAUGUCAUUUUUAGCUUCUUUGUUGAUUGUAUAUGUACAUAUGAAACAGGGACGGUGGAAAAUUUGCAGCAUAUUAUUUGGUAAAUUUUUUUUAUUGGUUUCUCAAAAAAAAAAUCGACCGAGUAAUAAAAUAGUUUUCCAUGUAUUAUGUUGCAACUACAGGGUGGUGAGAUCAAAAUUGUCUUUUCAUUCCCGUACCGAUUGCUAUGACUGAAAAUCGGAUCGCGGGGACAUGGAAGCGACUAUUUCACCAUUUACUGUCCACGCACAACGGUUACAGGAUGUCAAACAAUAUUGUUUUCUUAAGUUGUGGGACGUUCUGUAUUCAGUGGUAACGUGUGUACGACCAAAUUUUCGUGAACUCAAAGUUGCUUGUCUCUCCCUUUCUCAGACCAUUGAAAUAAAGAUGAAGAAGGAGAAAAAAGAAUUUGUGUACACAAGGUUGAUUGUCUCUCCUUCUCUCAAGUUGAAGAAGAAAAGACAUUCUUGUACAGGGUCAUUCCGUAUAUUAAACAGAUCCUACGGAGUUCAUCAUUGAAUAUAGAAAAAAACGAAUACGAAAAUUGUAUGGUUCGCUCUGAACCUCAAGAAAAUUGUACCAAAUACAAAAAUUGCCGAAUAGAUGCUGAUUGUCUCCUUACGCUAUUAAAUUGGGGGAAAAAGAUCGACGAUAUAUUUUGUGAACACAAGGUCAAUUGUCUCUCCCUUAUCCAUUUUAGUGAAGAUAAUACGAAAUAUUUUGUGUAUUAAGUGACGAAAAGAAGAGACCAUCAAGAUAAAAAAAAUAAAAAAAUAGAUGCAGCAUAUUUUGUGAAAGGACCGAAAAUAUAUUUUGUCAAUUAUUGUCUUCGAAUUGAAGAGUGAUGGAUAAAAUAUUCUGUUUACACAAUAUUAAUCGCUUUUCUAUUCAACUGAAGAAAAAUAUGCAACAUGUUUUGUGUAUGCAAGGUUGUUUGUUUAAGGAGGAGAGGCUAAAAAUAUUUUGUUUACCUGUUUAGUGUACACAAGGCUGAAAGAGACAGAAGAUUGCUCAUAUCGUUGAUUGAUAUAUUACGCUUACGGUGGGAAGAUACCCAACCUGUGUUAUUUGCGAGGCGAUGCCCCGCUCAUCCCCUCGUCUAUCGUUUUGCCACUGAGGUAGCGACUCCACUAGGCACACAGAACAUGUCUGAACUAAUUGUACAGAUUACUACACUUUAGUAUGUACAGAAUUACAGAUCCCAUCCCACCGCGUGCUAACGCUCCAGAAAUUUUUGUUUAUCCUUGUCUUCGACGAUGAGACCCGACCCGCCCGACCGGUUCCGAUAAACAUUUUUUUGCUACGGUCGGUGAAUCCCAUGGACGUAUAUUAUACUCCCAUGGUGAAUCCGCAAUCCGCAACAAUAACAACGGGAUGCGAGUAUUGAAUUUCCCCUCGGUUCCUUGCGGAAGAGAGAAGAACAUAUUAUGAUCUCUCAGUUCUAGGGUAAAAUACACUAAGGUGACAACACUGGUCCGGGUUCGUGAAUUUUAAUCAAAUUUAUGAGCAGCUUAUAUAUUGAUAUCCGCUGACCAGUUUAUUCCACAAUCGCCAAAAAUAGUAUGGAAGCAUUUAUUGUUGAGACAUUAAAUUUGGUGAUUCACUCCAAUUCGAUAUCUAUAAACUUUUUUCAUGAUCUUACGUCCGUGAUGCGCUCGUUAGGAUCACAUCCAGUACAACUAUUACUAACAAAUUCGAAUUUAUCAGUUAGAAUCGUAAUCAUUGAUCGUGGAUUCGAUACAAGCGUUCUGGAUUAUGGAUCGUUUAAUUGUUCCGAGUCGCACGCCAACUGCAUUACAAUAGAUUCUCUUCGCAAGUGGCGCACCUGCCAGUCAAAUUACGAAGUAUUGCUCCGACAUCGUUCGACACUAUCGCCGUCACAAUGUAAGAUUUCGAACUAUGCUACGCCAUCUAGUUGUGAGAUUUUUUUGGACCUCGUUUUGCCCCAUAAGGUUGGACAUCUUCCCAGCGUAAGCAUAAUAUAUCAAUCAACGCUCAUACCCUUAGAAUAUCAUCAAAGACAAGAGACACAAUAUUUUGUGUACACAAGACUGUUUGUGUCUCUUUUCACCUGUCCAACUGAAAAAAAAAGAGGGAGAGAGAAAAAAGGGAGACUAGAAGAUUUUGUGUUCAUGGUCGUCUUGACAGAAAAAAUUUCGUUGUACACUUGUUGAUGAUAAAGAGGACAUUCGUAGCGCCUUGCGGCUUCUGCAAUUCUAAUCCAAUACCAAUGUGGAUUUGUUAUAUUAUAUUUGGUUUUUUGAGAGUUAUUUGUGAAGGGAACUGAUUUGUUUGCUUCCUGUUUUUGUUCUUUGGCCAGGGAUGAACAAAAACGGGGAUUUUUUUUAUAUACAGUGUAUAGAUGUAUUUGCAACAUCAUAACAGGUAGUUAUUACGUUUUAUAAAUUAACCAUCUGCAAUAUUCUUGUUUGGUUGAUUUUUCUUUGUCCAAGCAGAGUUGGCACCAAAUAUAAAAAUGACCCUGAGAAAACUUCUUUGCACCUAGUUUAAUUAUUAUAAUUGUUUGUUUCAUAACCUUCCUGGAAGUUUUCAUUUUGAUUAUCUUUGGCCAAUGACAAAUUUGAAGGAAGCGGGUUACGAUUUUCCUAUGUUCUCGUUAUAUUCCCCAGCAAUUUAUUUCGGAAGUGCAAAAAAUAGAGUUGUGUGGUAUCAAAUAUCCAUUAAGAAAAAAAAGUAUGUAUGUUUCGUUUUGUUUUAUAAAAGGUGUUAUGUA